GUAAAAAAGCAAACGGGCCCUUGGUCGUCCUUUUUUCUGGAAGGGGAAAAAAGAGUAAAUGCUCAUAAAGAGGCACUCUAUUGCUUCAGAAACGAAGAGAAGAUAGUGCACGGCAGUCAUGUUUUCAAUUUCAUCUUCAACUAAGCCAAUGGAAGUUGUGAGUUAUGCCCAUUCUUUCAGUUCUUUUGGACACCCACGUUCUCUCUUCAAAUUCAGCUCGACUACUUUCAUCUCUUUAAAGAAACAGCCCAUGAAAUCUUUGCAAGUGAGAGCAGUAGCUGCUCCUGCAGAAGCCACUGCUGGAUUUGAUGAAAUGGUUUCUGGGACCCAGCGUAAGUAUUACAUGCUAGGCGGUAAAGGAGGAGUUGGGAAGACAAGUUGUGCUGCUUCACUUGCUGUAAAAUUUGCAAAUAGUGGUCAUCCCACUUUAGUAGUUUCAACUGAUCCCGCACAUUCCUUAAGUGAUUCUUUUGCUCAGGAUUUGACUGGCGGCACUCUAGUUCCAGUUGAAGGACCCUAUUCUCCAUUAUUUGCCCUUGAGGUUGUGAAAAGCCUCUUCCUACUUGCUUUGGUGAUAUCCAACCUUGAAUUAGUAAUCCAGUAUUGCUGUGUUCUCCUUGCUGGAGGCCGGGG